AUGAAGUGGCCGAACAACAAGAGAAGCGGUUUUGAUUUUCAUAACGAAACCGAAGCUGCGAUUAACGAGCAGAUUAAUAUAGAAUUAAAAGCAUUUUAUUAUUAUCUAUCUAUGGCUGCAUAUUUCGGUCGCGUGGAUGUCGCUUUACCGGGCUGUGAAUCAUUCUUCAUGCAGAUGCAUUACGAAGAGCACAAGCAUGCUCUGAAAUUUUUAGAUUAUAUAAAGAUGCGUGGCGGCAAAGUGCAUUUAUGCACCGUCUCGCCGCCAGAUGAUCAAGAUUGGAAGUGUCCGUUGCAUGCGUUCAAAAAGCUUGCUGCAACGUUGCUGCAAUGUUACAAUAUUGCUCACUGCAGUGCAAUGUUGCAGCAAUAA